GCGCGGUGCAUUAGAACGAACGUGCGCGCACGCUCAGCUGCAGUCGCCGAUGAAGCUGUACGCCUGGCUGUACGUUGCGCUGCGUAGAAUAAGAGACCUUCAUAUCUCUAGCAGCUCAUUUGCUUCCAGAACACUUUGACGGUGCUCCUCGCAGUGACAUUGUGCGCCCCCUGUGCUCCGGAAUACGCAAUCAGUGGUUGCUGCUUGAACUGUGGCAACAUCUGCACAACAACCAAUCGACCAGCAACCACCAGAACCCCGCAGUGCCCGUGUGCGCGCGUUCUAAACGAAGUGAAUUAGUUGGUCGGCUAUUUUUAGACUGUACUAAACCCAUCGGCGGCACCCAUCGGAGAGACGGAGUGGAGAACGCGAGUUGCUCGUCCGCCUAGCAGGAGACCGAAGCCGUGCUGCGCGUGCAUACACCCAGUGAACCGCUUAUCUCGGGCCUUUUUCGACCGCGCCUCUUAUCAGUGAGUGUGUAAACCAACGGAACGAAACACGAUUAGAGCUCUCGACGGUUGGCUUGACAGAAGGACCACCACUGGAGAGUUAUGAACACUGGUGUGUGCUAGCAGCUAUUGGAACGGAAACCACCAGCUCCAGCCAGCAGUAGCAGCAUCAGCAAAAGUAGCAGCGGCAGCGGCACACAUGGACAACUUAUCGGCGGAACUGUGCCACCCCGCAGCAUGGAUGUACCGUCUAUGGUACAGCGUUCCGGGGAUCAACUAAUCGUUCGGCGCGUCGUGAGCGGUGAGCAAGUCAUUCUCGGCAACUACAUCAAGUCGGAGCAAAGCCCCGAACCAGCGGUCGUUGACGACGUGCAGCCCCAGUCACGGUUGCCCCAGUGCCGAGUGAAGCGCAACUAUACGUGCAGUCACUGUAACUACUGCACGCAGAACCCUCGAGAUUAUCUGACCCAUCUGCGGGACACGCACGGUGAGAAGAUUGUCAUUAACGAGUGUAAACGAUGUCUGUACGCGUCCCGACACUACCAGAAGCUGGUGCGCCACAUGAAGAUGGUGCAUGGUUGCAACGUGGAUGCUGCAACGCCAUCAUCAUCAACGCCAGCAGAUAGAACCGAAUUGCCGGAAGCCACACAACGACCUUUUGUAAAACGCGAGGCGCUGAAACCGCCGAAAGGACGCCGUUCGUACGUUCGAACACAGAAAUUGCGAGACUCUACACUCGAUAAUAGCAUCUUAUUUCAACAACUUGUUGCAUCCGGCUUGACGGAUCUAUUGCAAGCCGUGGGUGACUCUUGGAGCUUUGCUAGUGCAGAUAAUCGAUCGAUCGAAGACGCCUUGAAAGUUGAGAUGGAUAAUACGAGACCGCUUGAUGAGCACGCGAACAAGAUGCGCAAAUCAAUGGAAGACGUGGAUUCGUCACCGAGAAAGAGGAACCGACCGAUACCAAAUCUCAUUCCCCUGGCGGCGUCACCGCCGGCAGCAGCCGGUGUCCGGUCGGAGAAGGAACUCCUCAAACCGGUACCAAUGUCAACCCUGAUGCCCCCGGAACCAAAGGACCAACCGAACCAGCCUCCGGUAGAUUUUCCAAUCGGCCUGGCAUCGAGCCGCAUAUCGAUAAACCUAGACACGCACACCAAGUGUACCUUUUGUGAGCUUUCGUACGAUUCGACAAUCGAGUUGGCCAAUCACAUAGCAACGGCCCACAAGGAGGACCUGAUCGCUUCGUUGCUGCAGAAAUCCAUCGACGAUAGCAAGCAGAACGUAUUCCUGCAAACCGAUACCGACAGUGCAUCGAGUGACAUGUGGAAAACUUUGCUAGAAAGUAGUCUGUGCCCCCCGGAGAGUGCGCCAAAGGGUGCGGACGGGUCGGAAUCGAGUGCGCGACCGAGCGUCGUCGAUGUGGACGACGAAGUGGAAAUCAUGGAGAACAAAUCGGAAACCUAUUGUGGAGUGGAAACGGCGCCUGGCUAUGGCGAGGUGACCAAUACGAUACCCGCUGGCCAACCGAAUCCGCCGGGAGUGAUGAAGAAGGUUUUCAAAUGCCCGCACUGUUCCUUCUGGGCUUCCACGGCGUCACGCUUUCACGUGCACAUCGUUGGCCAUCUGAACAAGAAGCCCUUCGAGUGUUCGCUCUGUUCUUAUCGCUCGAACUGGCGCUGGGACAUCACGAAGCAUAUCCGGCUGAAAACGAUCCGAGAUCCAAGCCACAAAAACGCUGGCGUGCUGAUGAACGACGAAACGGGGCGCCGGAACUACACCAAAUACAACAAGUACAUUACGCUGAUGCAGAUCACGGACAACAGCGUGAAGGACACGACGGGCUCGUACAGCAAAACCCUUGGCGGAAAUGCCGUCUCGGACCUGAUAACGGCCUGCAACAUCGAUCUGCAGGCGAUUGCCAACAUGGCGGGCUUCAAACUGUUGAUGCAAGAUGGCAAACAACCGUCGGAGGAACUGGAUUCGACUGGCCAAACCGCAACGUCAGCCGUAGAAUUGUGCGACUUGAAAUGCCAAAUCUGCGAUUACAGAGGAACUUCUAAAGAGGAGCUUAUGCUGCACCUUGCAAACUCACACAUCGGCCUGGGAAACUUUGCGUUAGAAGACAUUGACAAUAGUGGCGAGAACGAGCAGGUGGUCGAGCGAGGAUCCAGCAAGCCCAAGAACUGUACGACCAGCACGGUUUCCAAUUCCGGCACGCCCACGCCAUCCACCUCGUUCAGUAGCCUAAGCAAACCUACAGCUAACACUAGCAAUGAUAGCUCUACUAAUGGGACACUAACUACUUCUUCUUCCGGUGCGGGCGAGCGGGCAUGCCUGACCGAACUGGGUGACAGACUGGGUGAAGGUGAUAAUGGGUCCCAAAAGGUAGCUAUGCCCACGUGGCGACACAAUGCACCGUACCGCUGUGGCCAUUGCCAUCAAGUCUCUAACUGGAAACAUGUAAUUCAGAGACAUUGCCGCUUGAAGCACAAUGGAAACGUGUUCAUUGAGCUAACGAACACGGAACGAGAAGAUGGGAGCGAGAUCGAUGGCCACAGAGGUGGCAAACAGGGUGGCCAAACUUCCUUCUACGUAGUGGACGAGGGAUCCAGCAUGUCAACCGUUCCACCGCUAGCUCCAUUCAGCAUGGACGAGCCAGGCUAUUCGGCUAGCAGUCUGGAGCCGAUAGUGGAAAUUAAUGACAAAGAUACGGCCGAUCUGAUAGGUUUGGACAAUAUUUUAGCUUCCACGAUGACACUGCCCCACGAUGGCUUCAGUCUGGACCAUCCAGACAACGAUUCAUCGCAGGGCGGCAUGCAGCUGCAGUGUGUUUCCUGUGACUUUCAUGCGGAAUCACUCAACCAACUCACCGAGCACUUGCAGCUGCACAUUGUCAAUGGAACCCCCGGUGGACAGACCGGCGUGGACACGGAUGGUGAAAACAUCGAAAUACUAGCCCAGGGCACGGUGCCCACGUGUCUGUACUACUGUCCCAAGUGUCCGGCAAGAUUCUUCCACGAAAGCCAUAUCGUGCUGCAUCUGGAGCAUCACGAACCGAACGAUCCGUCGCAAUCGGUGGAAGCGAGCGCCGUAUGUCGCAUUUGCUCCUACCGCUCAGCUACCGAAGAGGAACUGGAGCAGCAUUCCGAAGUUCACACGGCGCAGUACAACAAAAAUACCACAAAUUUGCAACUCUUCUUGGACGAGCACAGCAUCUACCGUAAACCGACGCUGGCGUUGCUGCUUAGAAAUGGAGAACAGGUUCUUGCAGUCGAUCCAACGACAGCAACAGCAGCAGCAGCACCGGCGACCAACGGGGGCAGAUCGUCAUCGGUGAAACCUUCGGACGUGGCAUCCAGCUCUAGAAAGAUGAAACGAUUAAAGCCGGAUCAUCAUCAGCACACCGAUCGGACACACCGGGGCAACACCGAGGAGAAGACACCGGCGAUCACGAAGCCCACGAUCUUGCUGUGCAAAUAUUGUGAUAAUACGUUCGACGGUGAGGUGGCGUUGAACGCGCACGUAAGAAGCCACUUCACGGCAGUGCUGACCCCGUCGGCGGUGACGUACUACGCGUCGCUAAAUAACACGUUAAACAAGGAGAACAAGUUCGAGUUGGUUGUGUCAGGGACGCAGACCACGAUGCCUUUGCGCUACGUUUACGACAACGGCCGCAGGAAGGAAUGGAGCACCUUCUCCAAGUCGGAGAGCGUUUUGUUGAAACUUUGAGCAUUGUUUUGUGCAGUUAGUUUAGUUUGUUGACUCUUUUUCUAAUGUAAAACAUCCUACUAGGGCUCGGGGAGGUUCUUAGAGCCGCCCCACUUACCACGUAUUCUAGAGCGCAUUGGCCUUUUUCCCGCUUCCACCGAGAAGUUCGUUCACAUUAUUAUGUUGGGUAGUUUAGUUUUGUGACAUAAUCACGGCACUUGUAGCGCAUGAAGUAUAUUAUUAAUAAAAAAAUAAUAAAAAUCCAAUGAAACAUCCA